AUGGACGACUUAAUUUUUGGUCAUCAUGACCUUGAUAAAGCUAUUGACUUAAAAAUAAAAAUCAACAAAAUUUUAUCGAAAUUCGGAUUUAAUUUGCGAAAAUGGAUUUCCAAUGAUCACCGCGUUCUAGAAAUUUCCGGCUAUACGCCAAACGAAGACUUUUGUAUACCAGGAGAAGGCGAAACGAAAACGUUAGGCACAGUUUGGAAUCCUAGUAUGGAUACCAUCGGAUAUAAUUAUAAUAUAAAAAUCGAUACUUUCAAAAUUACGAAAAGAACGGUUUUAGCCGCGAUAGGACAGCUUUUUGAUAUCUUGGGUUUAAUUAGUCCUGUAAUCGUUAAAGCUAAAUUGAUUUUACAAAAGAUUUGGAUUUCCAAAGUGAACUGGGACACCGAUGUUCCAGAAGAUAUUUCGAUCGAAUGGUUAGAUUUCGUUAGUAAAUUACCAAAUUUAAAGUCGUUGCAAAUCCCGCGUUGUGUAUUAAAAGGCCAGUCUUUCAAAAACCCCAAAAGGCUUUACGGAUUUUCCGAUGCUUCACAACUUGCGUAUGGAGCAUGUAUUUAUUUAGUUAGCGAAAUCGGUGACGAAAUCGAGUCACACUUAAUAUGCGCGAAAUCUCGGUUAGCUCCUUUAACGUCAAGUUCCAUGAGCCUACCUCGAUUAGAACUGUGCGGUGCACUUUUACUAGCUCGUUUAUUAGAAAAAACAAUAAAAGCUUUAGAUUUCCCUGUAAACGAUACUGUCCUGUUUACCGACUCAACCAUCGUAUUGGACUGGCUUAAUGCAGAGCCUAGCCAGUGGAAAACUUUUAUUUUUAUUUGUAACCGGGUAGCGGAAAUCCAACGUCUUACCGCCGAUAUUACCUGGAGCCACAUAAAUACAGAAAUCAAUCCAGCAGACAUAGUUUCUCGGGGUGCCGACCCACUUGAAUUAAAAAACCAAGCACUUUGGUGGUACGGACCGUCGUUUUUGAAAACAGCGCCCGAAACAUGGCCUGAUACCAAGAAAAUCAAAAUAUCAAUUUCCGAUGUAAGAAAAGAAAACAUAGAGGUUUCUUUCGCCGCUGUUAAAAGUGUUCUCGAAAACGAAAUAUUUUCUAGAUGUUCUUCGUAUCCGAAACUAAUCCGUAUCGUCGCUUAUAUUUACCGAUUUUUUCAUAAUUUAAAAUCUAAUAGCAAGUUAACCGGAAUUCUUACUUUUCAGAAUUAG